AUGCGCCUCUCGGUCGUGAGCCUCCUCGCCGUCUGCGGCGCCGCCGACGUCCCCUGGCUCGACACGAGUGUGGAGGCGCCCGAGCGCACGCCGCCGGCGCCCGAGGUCUACGCGCGCAAGGACGCCGGCUGGCGCAAGCAGCACGCGACGACGGCGCACGGCCGGCCGAAGUCGCCGCCGUCGGCGAGCCCGCUCGACCGGCUCAAGUUGGAGCAGUUCCGGCACCCGACGUGCCACUCGCAGGCCCACCAGCUGGGCCGGGAGAUCUUCGCCGACGAGCGGAAGACGCGCGCCUCGCCCGACGCGGCCCUCGACGCCGCCCUCGGGGUCUGCGAGUACCGCUGCACCGGGGGGUGCCUCCACGGCGCCGUGGGCGCGUACGCCGCGGCCCGCGGGGCGCCGCCGGAUAUCGCGGAGCUCUGCGCCCGACCGGCGAUGACUCGGGUCGUGGGCGCGGGCGAGUGCGCCCACGCCGUCGGCCACGCCCUCGCGCUGCUGCAGAGCGAGGAGGACGCGCUGCGGGGCUGCGCCGCGGCCCCGGACUACUCCGUCGCGCACUACUGCGCUGGGGGCGUGGUCAUGGAGACCGCGUCGACGUUCUUCGGGCGCAAGCGGGACGUGCGCGCCAAGUGCGAACGCGUCCCGCCGAAGACGCGCGCGGCCUGCUACUACUUCGGGCUGCGGUCGAGGGCCUCGGGCGCGCGCAACCGCACCGCCGCCGUCGAGGAGACCAUGAAAAAUAUAUGUACGUCGAAGAAGACGUACAAGGCCUGCGUCUACGGCGCGGCGACGGCGUUCCUCAAGAACAAGAUGCACACCGACGUCGGCGCGCAGGGCGCGCGGUUCUGCGCGACGCUGGGCGACGCGACAUGGGCCUGCAUCGACGGGUUGAUGUUCAGGACCGCGAAAUUUGGCUCCGAGGCGCUACGGCGGGGCGCCUGCGCGGCGCUGCGCGGCGACGCGGCGGCGCUGUGCCGCGACGUCGCGGCGGCGGGGAUGUACUCGCUGCGGAAGGGGGCGCUGGUCGGGUCGUACGCCGGGUGUAGUAGUAGUGAAUGUUAG